GGGUUCGGCUGUACCCACGUGAUCAUGCACACGCCCCUGGAGCCCACCAAGAGGGUGCUGGAGCUGAUCAGCUACCUGACGCUGGUCGUCUGUCUCGUGUCGCUCAUCUUGUCCAGGGUCCUCCACUCCACCCACUGUGACGACGCCUAUGAGAUGAACAGGGUCAGGCUGGAGAUGAGGACGACGAUGAUCAUUGCCCAGGUGGCCGCCAUCCAAGUGUUGUACUUCAGCCCCCUCAUCAUCACCGAGUCCAUCGUCUACUACGACAACAGCGAGAGCAUGUUCGAGCGGGACGUCGUCCACUUCUGCUACGAGCUGGCGCUCCACAGCACCUACGUCCUCUUCCUGGUGCUCAUGGGCCGCAGGGAGUUCCGCCGCUCCCUCAGGUACGUGUUCGCAAGGAGCGAGGCCAUCCGCAGGCAACGCCAGCCCAACUACAUCGUCGCCAGCGAGACGAGCCGGAAGCGGAAGUCCCAGAGCACGCUGACGGUGGCCACGCCCCCAUUGGCUGAGAUGACGGCGCGUGACGACACGAUGCAGAUGGACACUCCGGAGUGGCUGAGGAGGAAACAGUCGUUGCUGCAGUCGAUCCUGGGCAGGGCAGAUUCCGUCACCCCAGACCAGUGAACCCGUCACCCCAGA